CUGGAUCAAUGAACUUACAUGUUUAUACGACAUUCACAAAGUUAAAAGCAACAACACUGUCGUGGAUUUCUACUUCAACAUACCCUGUUACGGACUUACCGCUAAUCAAAGAGAUAGGUGGAUUCCAGUGUGUGAGAAUUCCGUGGGUCUAAUAGUGGCGUAUGGUGUGCUCGGAAGAAAAUAGUUCUGUCAAAGUGAAAGAUGCGAUGGAAGUUUUGAGGAAUUUAGUCUUCCUUCUCUUCCUAUUUGGUUUUGUUUCGGGGCAAGAGGGAACCGAAGAACCGUUCGUGUAUCAGGACUUCAAUGAUACAGACUUUUACGACUUUAGCGAUUUUUCAAACACCAACGAUCCAUUCUCCACAAAUUCAUUUAUAUUCUGGCCAGACGCCUCUCAGCCGCAGGGUGAAGAAGACAAUGCGAUUACGAACCCGAUCCUCGCGGAGUGUGCCGAUGACAAUAACCCAUGUGAUCAGAUCUGCUACAAGAUCGGGCCUGAGACGCACAUCUGUGACUGUCUGCCAGGGUUCGCCCUUAUGCCAGAUGGAACCGCCUGCAAAGAUCUGGACGAGUGUAACCUUGGUUAUUGUGGUCAGUAUGGGGAAUGCACCAACACCGCCGGAAGUUAUAUCUGUAUGUGUCGUAGUGGAUUCUAUCUAGACGACAGCGCCAUCUGUGUUGAUUUGGACGAGUGUCUAGACACCGAAAUCUGUACAGGCGACGCUAUUUGUAGGAAUCUGCCUGGCACAUACGGGUGUCUGUGUCAAGACGGCUUCAUUUAUCGGGACGCGGGGUGUUUUGAUUUCAAUGAGUGUGAGGUCGACCCAUGUCACGUGAACGCGGUUUGUAACAACACGGCCGGAAGUUACUCCUGCUCCUGCCAAGACGGCUUCCGGGAAAUCAACAACACAUGCGCCGACAUAGACGAGUGUUCUAACGCGAUGAGUCCAUGUAAAGGGGAGCUGGCUUGUUUUAACACGCAGGGAUCCUACUACUGCUCCUGUCCACGGGGGUACAGGAUAAACGGAACCAGUUGUUUAGAUAUUGACGAGUGCAAGUUCGGAAAACACAAGUGUGACGACAACGCCCACUGCGGCAACCUCGACGGCUCGUACUUCUGUCAGUGUCUCAAGGGAUACAACGGCAACGGAUACGUUUGUUUUGAUGUUGACGAGUGUCAGAUGAACAACGGCUCCUGUAGCCAGCUCUGUGACAACCUUCCUGGCAGCUUCCAGUGCGCAUGCCAAUUCGGAUAUAAACUACUGCAUGACGGAAGAUCAUGUGAAGAUAUUGACGAAUGUGCCAUAGAGAAUGGUCUGUGUUCACAAAGCUGCGUCAAUCUGCUCGGGUCGUUUGAAUGUCGGUGUAACACGGGGUACCAGCUCCACAUCGAUAACAGAACGUGUGCUGAUUUAAACGAGUGCCUGAUGGAAAAUGGCGGUUGUCGUGGAUACUGUGUCAACACAGACGGCUCCUACCACUGCGCAUGUCCAGAUGAGUUAGUCCUGGGGAAGGAUAAUCACAGUUGUCAACCUAUCAGGAGCUGCAGGGACAAGAAUGGAGGGUGUGAACACGACUGCAAGGACUUGGAUUUCACCUUCAGGUGUAUCUGUAGACCUGGCUUUAGUCUGGCCCCUGAUAACAAACACUGUGAAGAUAUUAAUGAAUGUUUAAUGGUCAAUGCCGGAUGUGAACACCUAUGCAUAAACACACCCGGAAGUUACAAGUGCGCAUGUCACGACGGAUAUCAACUCAGACGGAACAGGCACGGGCAGUACGCGUGUGAAGCUACAUGUAACCCUCCGUGUCAAAACUACGGUACGUGCGUCAGGCCAAACGAGUGCAAAUGCCCUGCUGGAUACCCAGGACCCGGAUGUUCGCCUAUGUGCAACCCUCCCUGCGGACAUGGCGGCACCUGUCUGAGAAGCAACACGUGUGUUUGUAAGCGUGGCUGGCGAGGACCAGGGUGUAGAAGAGCACUGUGCCAGCCUCGAUGUCGAAAUGGCGGGAAAUGUAUCGCGCCAGGCACCUGUGAAUGUCCUGAAGGUUACUCUGGAAACAGGUGUCAGACACCGACGUGCACGCCGCCAUGUCAACACGGAGGCCGCUGUGUCCGCGUCAACACGUGCUGGUGUCCCGCCAACUUCGCAGGGUCGCGCUGUCAGAUACCACCAUCACGCUGUAACAGUGAGUGCCUAAACGGCGGAACCUGCGUGGGGUUCAAUCAGUGUAGAUGUCCUGCCGGUUUCAGAGGAAAGCGAUGUCAAAUAUCUACACGAGUCCACUGCCGGCCGCCAUGUUUAAAUGGCGGUACGUGCAUGCCGGGUAACAGGUGCCAAUGUUCAGAAGGAACGCGAGGAUUUCGAUGUCAAACCAGACAUUGUCCAGUGGUGACGUUCACGCAGACGAUGAAGCGAGGUGUACGACGUUCGUUUAAAGAAGCGUACACCGUACCGUGCGGCCGCUUCGACUGGGAUACGUGCACAGCUUACAGGACAGUCCAAAAGUUUGUCUAUAAAAUAGCCUAUAAAGUCGGAUACAGGAGGAAGUGUCGUCAACAUGCUUGACGUGUUAGGUGUGCGGCUUUCUGUCUGGACAUGUCAUCAUUUGAGCUGAUGUAAAACGGGUGCACUAUAGAGCAUACUACAUGAGUGGUCAUUGGAUACCAUUUAUCUUACAACGAGUUGUUUUUGGGGUGUUUUUUUUAUCUUAUGAGAGAAAGUUUGUUAUACACCAAUAAGAAGUUUGUUUUGUUUAAAGAUACCACUAAAGCACACUGAUUUAUUAAUCAUCUGCUAUUAGAUGUCAAACAUUUGGUAAUUUUGACAUAUAGUCGUAGAGAGAAAACCCGCUAAAUUUGU